UCGCCUAUUUGCGAUUACGCUAUGCACCCUGACGGAUCUUUUCGGUUUUAUUAAGAAAAAAACAACACAUGGACUUUGCAUUGGGGAUUCGUUGCGCCGAUUCAUAGUUGUUAGGUUUUUUUUAAGUUUAAUCAUGUUGAAGAAUAAUGGAAAGAAGACAGCCAUCUCUGUAGCCUGCACAGCAUGUCUCUGCAUGCUGCUGCUCCUGGUUGCUGUGCAGCAACACCGGGUCCAGGUGGAUGAGGAGACGAACGGAGAAGACGCGCGCUCUCUGCUCCAUGAUGCCGCGCAGGAAGAGGGGGGCGCACAACUCGGGGAAGCACAGGUGAAGAAAGGAUUCUCAGCGUACUUCACCAAACUGACCCGCGGACGGAGGGAGGUGGAGAAACCCGCGCGCUCCUCUGCGUCCACCGCCGAUCCGCCUCCAGCUGAGGACAUCAGCGCUGAUGACAUAUUCGUCGCUGUGAAGACCACCAAGAAGUUCCAUCAGUCCAGGCUGAAUCUGCUUCUAGACACAUGGAUCUCAAGAAAUAUGCAGCAGACCUACAUCUUCACAGACGGAGAAGACGAGGAGCUAAAAAAGAAAAUUGGGAGUCAUGCAAUCAACACCAACUGCUCUGCAGCCCAUAGCCGACAAGCUCUGUCUUGCAAGAUGGCGGUGGAAUAUGACAAGUUCAUAGAGUCUGGGAAAAAGUGGUUCUGUCACGUAGAUGAUGACAACUAUGUGAAUGUUCGGACUCUGGUGAAGUUCCUGUCCCAGUACCCCCACACCCAGGACAUGUACCUCGGUAAACCCAGCCUGGACCGCCCCAUCGAGGCCACAGAGAGGCUGGGGGACAAUAAGAUGAAACCAGUAAACUUCUGGUUUGCUACUGGAGGAGCAGGUUUCUGUGUGAGCCGGGGUCUGGCACUGAAGAUGAGCCCAUGGGCAAGUGGCGGUCACUUCAUGAAUACAGCGGAGAAGAUCCGCCUGCCUGACGACUGCACCAUCGGUUACAUCAUCGAGUCGGUUCUGGGGGUUCCUCUGACCCGCAGCAACCUGUUUCACUCCCACCUGGAGAACCUGCAACAAGUGUCAAGAUCUGAGAUACACAAGCAGAUCACUCUCAGUUAUGGGAUGUUUGAAAACAAGAGCAACAUCAUCAAUUUGAAAGGGGCUUUCCCUGUGGAGGAGGAUCCAUCAAGGUUCAGGUCUGUGCACUGUCUCCUGUAUCCAGACACCCCAUGGUGUCCCCCUCAGGUUGCCUUUUAGGGCGACCGCUCCUUUCUCAUCCUCGUCCCCGUCGUGCCUCGGUAUCUGAAAGGCUCGUGGGGACCAGUGUUUGGUAUUAGACUGCACGGCUGCUGUAUUGUUGCUGCAGUUGUGCGGUCUUUAAUAGUUUUACUGGGCUGCUGUGCGGCCCGCCUUGGGACUAUUCCUUCCCGUCCGGAGCUAGGACCUCAUCCCAUAAUGCUCGGGAUGGAGGACUCCAGCUCUCGGCAGGAAGUAGCUUUCAGCGUUAAGCUUUGCAGGCAAUCAGUUGAGCUUUGUGAUGUAUAUGUUGCUUGUAAAUGUAUUUGCAAUUCUCAUAGAAUGUACUGUCAUAUAUUCAAGCCUUUUUGCCAGCUUUGCAUUAACAUUUAUUUUUUGUUUUAGCUUUUAAAAAUGUCUUUUUUGGCUUUUAUUACAUAUAAUUGGCUUUUUUAAGCAUUUUUGUUUAGAUCUUUUAACUCUAAUGACUCCGGACAAAUGCUCUAAUAUGAAGAUAUUGUUGUGCUUUUAAGUUUACAGCGUUAUUUCUCCAAUACACUGAGCUUUCCAAAUGCAUCAUUGGGUGACCAAAUCUGAAGUAUAUCAGGACAAAAGCACUUUUCCCUUUUUGAUAUUUUUUUGGUAAACUGACCUAAUUUACAUCUUUUAAUGACAUGCUUCAGAUUUGUGUGCAAACUAGGGGAAAAAAAGACUAAUAACCCUCAAAAUCUUAAUAUCUAUUCAUUCUUAUGUAUUUAAUAACAGUCCUUGCAUUUGUAACAAUCAGGGAAAAAUGAGUGGACGAGAUUUUGAUUUGGGGUUACAAUCAGCUUUUGAAUUACUUUGUAAUAUUUUUUUUUGUAUUUUUAAAAAUUGCACAGCUGAGUUUCAAAUGAACUGAUAUUUGCUCCUGGGAAGACGCUCACCUCAUAAAGCUCAACAGUGGAGAAAAAGUGACUUCUAGCUUGGAUGAAUCAAUGCCACCUAAAUAAUUACCAUGUGUGUAAUCUGAGCCACAGUCUGUAAUAGUUUGCACAAAAGACUGAUGUGCCUCUAUGUUAUUAACAUUAAUGUUCUUUAUUUACACAUAAUAGCCGCUGGUUGAGGCUUGUGAGGUGAGAACUUAACAAGAGUAACAUCAGUGUUUCCACAUGGAGGUGUUCGUAUCCUCUGUGUUGUCUCUUACCCAUAUUGGGUUACGCUGUACAUCUUGAAGACAGUAUUGUGUACUGUGACUAUGUUUAAAUUAGUAGUGAUGUAUAAUGUUUAGAAUGUUAUUUUCCUGUUGUGGUUUACAUACGCUUUUAAUGACCUGGACAUGAUUUUUGUACUGCGUUUUAAGGUGUUAAAUGACUGUGGUUUAUUCUCCAGUAUCUGGAGGGUUUGAACAGUUCAUUCCCAAUUCUGGCUUCUCAGGGAUUAUGAGCUGAUCCUGGUAUUAACUACCACAGGACCCACGGUGGGACCUAAAACUUUGAAUAAAAGUGCAUAACCACUGAGAAACUUUA